UUGAGUUUUGGCGAGUUAUCACUAUGCUACGUUUCUUAUUGGAGUAUAUCUUUUAUAAAAAAUCAUCAAUUUUCCUCACUGAGAAUAACAGCUCUGAAUAAAAAAUAAGGAGAUAUGGUAUCCUAACUUGUCAGAUGAAAGUUUAUAUUUUAAUUUUAAAGUCAGUUGGUGUAAAUAAAUGCUAAAUUGGACUCAUAAAUUUAAAGGCCCGAUGAAAAGCAAGUAAUGGAGUUUUCUUCUGUUCUUUCUAGAAUUGAAAAUAAUAAAGAUACACGAGCAGAGAAUUGGAGAGAACCCACUGAAGAAUGCCGUCGGACAUGUAAACAAGGUACAAUAGAAAAUUAGUGGGCAUUAGUGUGAGGUUUAUGUAAACGAUAAUACCAAUGCAAUAUUAUAUUCUUAGUGGAACAGGACUUUCGUUGCUGUUCUUCAUAUUCACAGGGUGAGAUUAAGGCCAAUGAGACAAUGUCACUUCUGACAGCAAGACCUUAUACUCUUUUUUCCCGAUACAAACAAAAAGUAGCUUGAAAGUUGCAAGGGCAUCUUCUACCCCAUUGAUUUGGCGUUAGUCAAACAGAAAGACAAUAAAUGGACGUAACUAAUCUAUUGUUUUCUAAAUUGUGAAAGUUUAAGAUGUUCUACUGUGUCAAAAGAUUGAUUUAAUUGUGUUCAUAUGCUAGUGGUUUUCUGAUAGUUCUAAUGAAAACCAUGCAUGUUAUUUUUAAAGUUUCAUUUGAAUCUUAUGUAUGUAUGUGUAUAAAUCUUGAUUAAAUCAACAGAUUGUUUCAAAUUAAAAACAGCUUUUUUGUCUUUUGGUUAAUAAAUAAGCUCUUCGUUUUCAACCAUAUUUUGAAAUAUACAUUGUAUCUUUAAAUAGUAAGUAAGCCGAAUUUUUGCACCAUUUUAACACCAGUGUUACCUUUGCGUGUUGUGUUUAUUUUUAAGAUGUUAUAUAACUAUUAUAGGAUUCAGUCCAGAUUUCUGUACUAAGUGGAAUAAGUGAUGACAAAGAAACGAAAAAGGGCGUAAAGAAAAUUAAAAAAGGACUUGAGAAAGAAGAAAAGAUAAGACAGAAGAAAGUUAAAGAAGAGGAAACGAUUGUGAAAACAGAAUACAAAGCAAUCGAAAAGAGUACUCAAAAAUACUCAAAAGAUGUCAAGUCAAAAUGGAAGAAGGAAGAGAAAAAAAGAAAACAGAUGAAAAAGAUGGGUGAAAAAGCACAAAGGAUGUUAGAAAAAGAAAUGAAGAAGAUCGAAAGAGAGAGAGUAAGGGACGAAAAGAAAAAACAACUCCAAGAUAGUGAUGUUGUUCAGGAAAAACUAAAUGAUUUAGAAACAGUGAAAACAAAUGGAGAGACAGAUAAUGACGAAGACGAAAUGAAGAAAAAGGAUCAAACUAUCGAUGUUGAUUCGGAGACACAAAAUUAUGUCACAAAAAACAAAACAGAGAAAGAGACAAUCAUCUGUGAAAGCACUGAAAAGAAUGAAGAGAAAGAAAAUCCCGAAAAAGAUGCAAAAGCCAUUGAAAUGGACCCCAAAAAUGCCGGAAAGAAAACCACAUUUGCUGCAAGAAUCAGUGGAUUCUUUCGAUCCUUGUCGUGUAUCAAAGGGCAAAAGAAAAGCAAAGAUUAGUGUG